GCGCAGGCGCGUUGAAGUUAGUGCUGACGGGAGUUGACGGGGCCGUAGUGGGGAGUUGCGGCCUGAGGAGCGCUCGGUGCUGAGACCGCGGAGACAAGAUGAAUUUCUUACGGGGCGUCAUGGGCGGCCAGAGCGCUGGACCUCAGCCGUCCGGAGCUGAGACGAUUCAAAAGUUAUGUGACAGAGUAGCAUCCUCCACCUUACUUGAUGAUCGCAGGGAUGCUGUACGUGCCCUUAAAUCUCUUUCAAAGAAAUAUCGCCUGGAAGUGGGGAGUCAAGCUAUGUCUCAUCUUAUACAUGUUCUCCAGACAGACCGUUCAGAUUCUGAAAUAAUUGGCUAUGCUUUGGAUACCCUCUACAAUAUCAUGUCCAAUGAUUUGGAAGAGGAAGAACAAGAAGAAAAUUCACAGAAACAAAUGGAAGAUUUUGGAAGUCAGUUUACUGAAAUUUUCAUUAAGCAACAUGAAAAUGUCACUCUUCUGCUGACUUAUUUAGAGGAGUUUGAUUUUCAUGUCCGGUGGCCUGGAGUAAAACUUCUUACAGUGUUGUUAAAACAGCAGGGUCCCCAAGUGCAGCAGAUAAUCCUAGUCAGUCCUAUGGGAGUCUCAAGGCUAAUGGAUCUACUAGCAGAUUCUAGAGAGGUCAUACGGAAUGAUGGUGUUUUAUUACUUCAGCAGUUAACAAAAAGUAAUGCAGCCAUCCAGAAAAUAGUUGCUUUUGAAAAUGCAUUUGAGAGAUUAUUAGAUAUCAUAACAGAAGAGGGUAACAGUGACGGAGGCAUAGUAGUGGAGGACUGUCUUCUGUUGCUACAAAAUUUGCUGAAGAAUAACAAUUCAAAUCAGAAUUUUUUUAAGGAAGGUUCUUAUAUUCAGCGUAUGAAGCCAUGGUUUGAAGUUGGGGAUGAUAAUGCUGGUUGGUCUGCACAGAAAGUAACCAAUUUGCACUUAAUGCUGCAGCUGGUACGUGUGCUGGUAUCACCUACAAAUCCUCCUGGUGCCACCAACAGUUGUCAAAAAACCAUGUUUCAUUGUGGGUUGUUACAGCAGCUUUGUACAAUCCUGAUGGCAACUGGAGUUCCUGCUGAUAUCCUUACAGAGACCAUUAACACUGUAUCAGAAGUAAUUCGAGGAUCUCAAAUGAAUCAAGAUUACUUUGCUUCAGUGAAUGCACCUUCAAAUCCCCCAAGGCCUGCAAUUGUCGUGCUACUUAUGUCAAUGGUAAAUGAGAGGCAACCAUUUGUGCUGCGCUGUGCUGUCCUUUAUUGCUUCCAAUGCUUCUUAUACAAAAACCAGAAAGGGCAAGGAGAAAUUGUAUCAACUCUUCUACCUUCAACCAUUGAUGCUACUGGAAAUUCUGUCUCAGCUGGCCAACUACUAUGUGGAGGACUCUUUUCUACAGAUUCUCUUUCGAACUGGUGUGCAGCUGUGGCAUUGGCCCAUGCUUUGCAAGAAAAUGCCACUCUAAAGGAACAGCUACUACGGGUACAGCUAGCAACUAGUAUUGGAAACCCUCCAGUGUCCUUACUUCAGCAGUGCACUAACAUUCUGUCUCAGGGUGAUAAGAUCGACAGACGGGGAAGCAAAGUGCAGACAAGGGUUGGAUUAUUAAUGCUGCUUUGCACUUGGCUAAGCAAUUGCCCCAUUGCUGUCACACACUUUCUCCACAAUCCAGCAAAUAUUCCAUUUCUAACAGGACAAAUAGCAGAAAACCUUGGAGAAGAGGAGCAGUUGGUUCAAGGCUUGUGUGCUCUAUUACUAGGAAUCUCCAUUUAUUACAAUGACAAUUCACUUGAGAAUUGUAAGAAAGAGAAACUAAAGCAGCUUAUAGAAAAGAGGAUUGGCAAGGAAAAUUUUAUUGAGAAAUUGGGAUUCAUUAGCAAACAUGAAUUCUAUUCCCGAGCUGCUCAGAAACCUCAGCCAAGCUUUUCUAGCCCUGAUCAUAUGAUGUUUGAUCACGAAUUUACAAAGCUGGUAAAAGAACUGGAAGGAGUUAUAACAAAGGCAGUUUAUAAGUCAAGUGAAGAAGAUAAAAAGGAAGAAGAAGUGAAAAAAACAUUAGAACAGCAUGACAACAUAGUGACACACUAUAAAAAUGUCAUUAGAGUACAGGAUCAGGAGCUUGAGGAAAUGAAGAAACAAAUAGAAUCUUUAAAAGUUCAAAAUGAACAGUUGCAGACAACAGUUACACAACAAGUGUCACAAAUCCAGCAACACAAGGACCAAUAUAACCUCCUUAAAAUACAGCUAGGAAAAGACAAUCAGCACCAUAGUUCCCACAGUGAUAUGACUCAGAUGAAUGGUGUUCAGUCAGAAGAAAUCAGCAAAUUGCAUGAAGAAAUAGAGGAACAGAAGCACAAGCUUGAGCUACUGGAAGAACAGCUAAGAGAAAAAGAUUCUUUGAUUGAAACCCUGAAACUUUCAACAACAAUGGAAGGAACCACGGAACAAUAUUCACAAACCAAUACAUCAGGUGGAGCUCAGUUAAAUAGUGACCUAUGUAAGGAGAUUGAAAACUUGAGGGCCCAAAUCCAGUCACAGUGUUCAGACAUAAUUAAGCUUCAGGGUGAGAAGCAACAACUUCUUCAGAAAAUGAGCCUGACCUCAGUUCCUGCAUCAGAAGACAAUAGCACUGUUAUGGUAGCAAAGACAGCUGACCUGGAAGGACGGCUUUCAGUGGUCCUACAGGAGAAUAAAGAAUUAAAGAAUGAAAUUGCAACACUCAAUGAGGAAAAGUCAUCAUUUAAACAGCAGCUGGAAUCAUCCAAUAGUACUGUGGCAAUUUUGAAAAAUGAAAGAAGUAAACUGCAGCAGGAAGUUGCAGAAUCUAAAAAAGAACAAGAUGAUUUCCUGGUUCUUCUGGCUGAUCAGGAUCAGAAAAUAAUUGCAUUAAAGAAUAAACUCAAAGAACUUGGAGAACCGGUAGGAUACAAAUUUUGCAAAAGCAGGUUGAAGAUGAAGAUGAUAUUGAGUUAGGUGACCAUGGUGAGGAUGAAGAAGAUGAAGAGGAGGAAGAGGAUGGGGAAGGAGAAGAAGAAGAUAAUGCUUUAUUGUGUUAAAUAUGGAAUCUAGUAAUGCUUUGUAAGAACCAAUCUGGAUGGCUUUGUGAUGCAAAACACCUUGAUAAAAAAGCAGGGAAUCAUUAGAAAUUGUCCUCAGUUUCUAAUAUGAUCAGAAAUGUAUUGUAGCUGAAAGAGAAGUCUAGUAUGUUAAGUUUCACGUUCAUACCAAACUGAAUUAUUAACACAUUAGAAACCAUUUUAGAAACUGUCAGAAGGUAACAAUAUGUUGAAUUAAAAUGUGUUGCCUUUUGCAUAUUUUCAGAGUGUUUGUCAUUACUUAAUUUUCCUAAUUUGGAUUUUAUUGUGAUUAAAUAUGGUAUGCAUAUGGCUUAACAUCCGUUGAAUGAAAUCAUUGUCUCCUGUAUUCAGCUUGGAGAGAUCUUAUGGGUUUUUUUCUUAAUAUCUUUGAAAAAAGAUUGAAGGUAAUAGUUUGGUCAAGUUAAGGGAGUAAUGGUUUUCUUACUUUCUUCUCAGUGGAUUUUGGUUUGAAAGGAACUGUUCAGCCUUGAGUGCCUUGCCCCUGAAAUGGCAGCAUUCUGUACCUCAGGAGUAAAAGCUGAAACAGUACAGAGGGAUUUUCAUAGAUAAAGAGCAAUAUUUGAUAGUAUAUUAAAGAAAAACCUUUUUAGCAAAAAUCCCAUGCAAAAGUUUAAAAGGCUAUCAGAUUAUUUUAAAAACAUGUUUGUUUUGUUAAGGUCCCAUAGUGGUUCAAGAUAAUUUAUUGAGUUUCUUUUUGCCCAAUAGAUUUUAAAAAAAGAAAUGCAGUUGCUAUAUCAACUUACUUUUUUGAUAAUAAAGAUA